UCUUCCAUUUCUCAGAAGACUCUGGAGAUUGCAGUGGUGUCAAAUACGAUAACGGAGCCUGAAAGCUAUGAGAAUACGACAGACUACGAUUAUGGCAUUGAUUUCGGCAAUUCAGGCCCCUGCAACUAUACCUCCGUCCAAGAGGCAAUGGGCCUGCAGACGUUUCAAGCCGUCUUCAAGCCCGUGCUUUACAGCUUGAUCUUUCUUCUGGGUUUGGCAGCGAACAGCCUGAUGAUAGCAGUCCUCCUGAAACAUUGGCACAUCCUGCGCAUUACUGAGAUCUACCUACUGCACCUUGCCCUGGCUGACCUCAUGCUCCUUUCUACAUUUCCUUUUUAUGUGGUUGAAAAUGUCACUGGCUGGGUGUUUGGGGGAUUUCUCUGCAAGGUGGUGGGCCUGAUGAAGAAUCUUAACAUCUGCUGUGGGAGUUUACUCCUAGGCUGCAUCGGGUUUGAUCGAUAUUUGGCGAUUGUUCAUGCUAUUCCUAGUAUGCAAAGACGACGGCCAAGAACAGUGCACUUAACCUGCAUUGUACUAUGGCUGGUCUGUUUGGGCUUAUCAAUUCCCAAUGCUGUGUUUCUUAGUGUGAAUGUGACAAAGGAUGAAUCUAGGCUCUCCUGCAACUAUCAUAAUUAUGGUAUCGAUGCACACAACUGGGUUUUGACCACCAGAGUCUUAGAUCAUGUGUGCUUUUUCUUACCGCUGGCUGUCAUGAGCUACUGCUACACAGCAGUGGUAAUUACUCUGUGCAACAGUCAGAAAAGUCAAGCAAAGCAAAUGGCCAUUCGACUGGCUUUACUUGUCACUCUCGUCUUCUGCAUCUGUUGGCUACCGUACAACAUCACCUCAGUGAUAAAAUCUAUGGUAGACCUGCAGGUGCUCCAAAAUGAAACGUGUGAAGAUGUUGUCCUACUCGAAGCAGCCCUUGAAGUGACGCAGGGCCUGGGCUUCACACACACUUGCCUGAACCCUUUCCUGUAUGCGUUUGUUGGGGUGAGGUUUCGUAAUGAGUUAAUACAGUUACUUUGUCAGCUGGGCUGCAGCCGUAUUUGUCUGCCUUUCAUGCGACCUCAGGGACACAGUCGACCAUCUAUUUCUGAUGGAGCAACAAGUACCAGUGCCAUCUUCACAUAGCAAAAUUCUUACAGUGUAUCAUGUCAGCUGUAACUGAAGUUUUUAUGUUCUG